AAGUGAUAUGCUACGGCAGGUAGGCUGUUACCUCAUAGUUGCCUGGCUAGGAAGUGGAACGAAAACAACCAGAAUUGAUACUUAAAAUGCCAUCAAGACUCCUUUAUGCGGAAUAAAACAGCUUUAAUUAAACCAAUGUGCCGGGGGAAACGUUUCUGACGUCUAGUGUACAAUGCGUUACCACAUGUGUGUAUUCCUGUUGCUUUUAUUCUGUUGUGGAAGUCUGACAUGGGUGACUGCCUUCCAACAAGAGCCAGAGACCCCAGACUGGAGGAUGACUCUGAAAACUAUCCGCAACGGAAUACACAAAAUUGACACGUACCUGAACGCAGCACUGGACUUGUUUGGUGGCGAUGACGGGCUGUGUCAUUAUAAGUGUAGUGAUGGUUACAAGCCUGCACCACGUCCUGGUUACAAGAAACCACCACCCAAUGGAUGUGGCUCCCCGCUGUUUGGAUUUCAGUUUGACAUUGGCAUCCCGUCUAUGACCAAAUGCUGUAACAAACAUGACCGCUGCUACGACACCUGCGGCCUUGAGAAGCACGACUGCGAUGAGGAGUUCCAGGACUGUCUGGAGACAAUCUGCAGGAAUGUGCAAAGGACUCUGGGAUUGGCCCAAAGUGUCCAAGCCUGUGAGUCAGCAGUGACUCUGCUGUUUGACGCUGUUAUGCACUUGGGAUGUAAGCCAUACCUGGACAGCCAGAGGGACUCUUGUGUGUGUCAGUAUGAAAUGAAGAAGGAACUGUGACACUCCCACAGGAUCAACAGCACAACACUGACAGAAGGAUGCCAGCAAUACACUUUUAUCUAAAGUUUUCUCAGGGAGAGAGUUUCUAUUGCCUGCACAGACUUGUUUCCAUUACCUCCUUUUAUUGAAGUUUUGAAUUGUAGACACCUAUUCGACAAAGUGAAGUGGACAGUUAAUGUCUUUCCUAUGAAGUUAAUUAUUUAUAUUUAGCUAAUAUUGUAUAAUGUGUGUAUCCUGUGAUAGACCAGAAACGUGGUGUUAUCUUGUCUUUUGAUACACAACAGCAACUGACAGUGCGGGUAAGUGUUGUACUACGAGUUACAUAAGCCUCCUAAUGUUUUUAAUCUAGUGUGCUAUUAUUACAUUUUCUUGAUCAUUUGAUACUUAAUAAUACUUGCUAAUUGGAUAUGACUUUAACAAAUCAAACGUUAAACAAAAUAAUUCUUGUAGUUUUGUGUUUUAACUAAAUUGUGUUUUCUGGCACUGAUUAUGGGUAAAACAGAAACUGUUUCAAUGCAACUUUUAAACUGUACACUAUA